UCAGAAGAUGCACAUGAAGGAUUUCUAAAUAAAGGUGGCCUCGAGCCGCAGUCUAUGUGUACACACACACAUGCCACAAGUCCUCCAGGGAAUUAGCUGUCACCAGGGUGAAGGCUGACACCGGGCUGUGUGCAUUCGGCUGUGUCUGUGGCGGGGAAUGCCUAAUAGAGUUCUCAUCACUCACAGGGAGGAAUUGGCCGCUGUCAAACUGCAAGAUACAGAGAAGACGUCAUCGGAUUAGUGUUGUAGUUGGAGGCCAGCGUCUUGCACAUCCAAUUUCAUGUUUAAUGGACCCUCAGUUCUACGUCACCGUGACCAUCUCCUCACUCCUCAUCCUGACGGCAGUCGUCAUUACAGCCAAACUCUGUUACGAUCGCAGCUGUUCCCAGCAUCCGCCCCCGCUUUCCCGUGGCGUGGCUCCCCCCCUCUCCCUUGCGCUCCCUCGUUCCCUUGCUUCGGAGGACAGCCGGCAGACGUUGCACAGCACCUCCUCCUCCUUCACCGACAGGGAGAGGAUACCAGUUGUGAACCUCUGAAGUGACUGUUUUUCCAUAUGGUAAACAUUUCUACGGGACCUGAGGAGGAACAUCAACAUGACCAGAGGGUGUGCCUGCAGCGCCAUUUUAUUUUCUUUGAAACUGUGAAACGAAUUCAGGGAUCCCAGGUAUCCAGCCAUCACAAAACUCCUCGGCUCCCCUGAGGUCUAAAAAACCAAAACUCAUCUCCCCACUGCUCUCCCCUUUCCUUCCGUCCUUCCUCUGUGCAAAUUUAUUUUAUGUGGCUCCACGUCACUGUAACCUGCUCCCUGUUUUUCAUCCCCUGUAUGGCCCCGAGCUCUGCCAAAAUACCCAACCACUCUACGCUUCGACCUGCCAUGACUAAUUCACAAACAAGCAGUUUAACUGCCAUGCAACAUCCCAUUACCCCUGAAAUGCCCUACCUGUGCUUCCACAACUGUUUCCAAUGAUCCAGCUGCACAUGAGAAGAUGUUCAGUAUUAAUUCUAAUCCAGCAGACUGUUCUUUUAUGACAUGACACUCAAAUUCAGUUCAGUCUAACAGGCUUGUAUCUGGUUUGUAAAUGGUUAAAAAGCCAUUCUCAGCAUCUCCAAACACUGAACGGGGUAUUUCACAAAGCUGUUUGGCAUGGCUGUAGCCAACAGGCAAUGUGUUUAACAUGUCACGCUCCAAAAACUGCUGUUUAUCCCCCGCUUUGGGUGCCUGAAAUGCAAAUAGUGUGGUUUUUUUCCUCUGCAGUGUGUAGUCUGUUUUGUUUCAGUUUUUCCUUAUGAUUUGUUCUCUUAAUUAUCUGGCUGACGUUCACCUCUGUCAAGCCUUUGUAGGCACCCUUUGUUCCUGCUGGACUGUGUAGAGGUGUGUUAAGCAUAGAGUUGUGGAGAUAAAAUAUUCAGAAUGGGGAUGGAUAGAAGAGGCAUUCCUGUUGAAAAUCAAUGAUUCCCAAAGGUUUUGGAUGGUGCACAACAAAGACAGAUUUAUGUCAUCAUGGAAAUGAGCAUCUGUGAACAGUACGUGUGAUCAAAGGACUGAUGUUACCAGAACAAGGAAUUUUUUCCACCUGACAGCCAAGUAUCUCAUUUUGGAAAACAAAACCACCAUCAUUUCCCUUCAUAUCAUUAUCAAGUCACUGUAUAUUAGCUAUCUUGGGUGCACCAAAGGAAAGUAGUACAUCAAGGAACAUCAUUUCUCUCUCCAAUGAAUCUGCAUGUAUACAGUAAGAAAACCUAUGAGAGUUGCUUCAAAUCUAUUAUUUAUAAAUGUAUAUUUUAUCUAUCAGUCAGUGAUAUCUUACAGAACCUUUUAAAGCCAAAUGUCAGUUUGUGUUUGGCAACUUUUCUAAGCAGCUUUGAGACAUGAUCCCCCCACUUACACACAUUUCCACUACAGACAUAAUGCUGGUGGUAUCAUGCGUGGCUCGUGCAAUCCUCCAGAUAUCCAGUCUUGUGAUUUUUAGUAGCAUUCCUGUAGAAAUGUGGUCUUUCUGUACCAUGGAAGUUAAAUAAUAAAGACUCAACACUGGCGUUUUA